CUGCACCACCAGCUUUCCUGGGUCUCCAGCUUGCAGACAGUAGAUAGUGGGGCUUCUCAGCUUCCGCGAUCGUGGUUGAGUCUUUUCUGAAAAAGUUUGGUAAGGCCAGCCAUUUGAACACUCAGUCACAUGCAGCAGAACCAGGCACAUGGAGGACAGCUGACUCCACAGAACCAGAUCCUUGGGUUUUGCAAUGGAACGGAUACGGUUGCUGUUGCUUCUAACAAUAAGAGUGCUUCCGGGAUCUGCUCAGUUCAAUGGCUACAACUGUGAUGCCAACCUCCACAGUAGAUUUCCUGCUGAAAGAGACAUCAGUGUCUACUGUGGGGUGCAGACCAUUACAAUGAAGAUUAAUUUUUGCACAGUACUUUUCUCCGGUUAUUCUGAAACAGAUCUGGCCCUGAAUGGAAGGCAUGGGGAUUCCCACUGCAGGGGGUUCAUUAAUAACAACACCUUUCCUGCCGUGGUCAUUUUUAUCAUCAAUCUCAGCACCUUGGAGGGCUGUGGCAACAAUUUAGUGGUAUCCACAGUUCCUGGAGUCAGUGCUUAUGGAAAUACCACUUCAGUACAAAUAGGAAAUAUUUCAGGAUAUAUUGACACUCCAGAUCCACCAACAAUCAUCAGCUAUCUACCUGGGCUUCUUUACAAAUUUAGUUGUAGUUAUCCAUUGGAAUAUCUGGUUAAUAAUACCCAGCUUGCUUCGUCCUCAGCUGCGAUUUCUGUGAGAGAGAACAAUGGUACAUUUGUCAGCACUUUGAACCUGCUCCUUUAUAACGAUUCAACCUACAGUCAGCAGUUAAUUAUCCCAAGUAUAGGAUUACCUUUAAAAACCAAAGUAUUUGCAGCUGUACAAGCCACUAAUCUGGAUGGCAGAUGGAAUGUCUUAAUGGAUUAUUGCUACACAACCCCGUCAGGGAACCCGAAUGAUGAUAUUCGGUAUAAUCUCUUCCUUAGCUGUGACAAGGACCCUCAGACCACCGUCAUUGAAAAUGGCAGAAGCCAGCAGGGCCGGUUUUCCUUUGAAGUGUUCCGAUUUGUGAAACACAAGAAUCAGAAAAUGUCCACUGUCUUCCUGCACUGUGUUACCAAGCUUUGCAGAGCUGAUGACUGUCCCUUCCUUAUGCCAAUUUGCAGCCACAGAGAAAGGAGAGACGCCGGGAGUAGGACCACUUGGAGCCCCCAGAGCACUUCUGGGAACGCCAUCCUCUCUGCGGGUCCCAUCAUCACUAGGAGCGAUGAGACUCCAACCAACAAUUCACAGCUUGGUUCUCCAAAUCAACCUCCUUUCCAGCUGAAUGCCGUCACCGGCGCACUGAUAUCAGGAACGGUCAUUCUGGGAGUCGUGAGCUUUUCCCUUCUCCUCUGCUCACUGGCCCUUCUACACAGGAAGGCACCCGCCAGUUUGGUGUUGAAUGGCGUAAGAAACCCAGUCUUUGACUGACUGUAACAGGUUCUGCUCUGCGGAGAAGGCUCACUGACUAUAACAUGGGUGACUGCAGUCGGUGUUGCAUUUGAAUUGAAUGCCAAGCAGCAUUUGAUGUUUGUAGGUUUGGUAGAUUUCACAGUGUAGUUCAUGAUGAUAGUGAAAGAAUUUUGAUACUAUUGCUCUUGUCACUUGUGUAUGUCAGCCAUAUUUGUAUGGCUUUACUGGGUAUAUUGGCGAUAAGCAAACAAUAUUCAGGACUUAGGUCUUACAGGAUCAGUCAUAUUUUAUUUUAUUUCAAUUUUCUUUUGAGGAUUGGUUAUAGAGAUAAAAGAUAGGUAUAGAGAAAAAUUAAGUUUGUUACGUUUCUCCCCUUAGCAUUAAAACCCAAGGCUAUGACAUUUAGAUUUGCAUAUGUGGUCCUAAAAUGAAAGUAGUUUUGUUUGUUUUUGUUUUUUUC